AUGGCUCUUCAAACAAAUUGGAUCGUCCAGAAAUUUGGCGGGACCAGUGUCGGUAAAUUUCCCGAGCAAAUAGUCGAUGAAAUCGUGAAAGUCUACACAACGCAGUUCAAGAACAACGUGGCUGUAGUGUGUUCUGCGCGCUCAAGCGAUACUAAGGCCGAGGGAACCACUUCGCGUCUUUUGAGAGCAUGUGACCUAGUGUGUAACAGCGACCCAAGCUUCGCUGAGGUCCUGCAGAAGGUGAGAGACGACCAUAUCUCGAACGCCAAACAGCGCAUCAGCAACCCUGAGCUGCAGAAGAAGUUGAUUCAAGAUACCAUUGCGGAGCUAGAUUUGGUUGAAAAAUACCUCAAUGCGUCGCAAGUUUUGGGCGAGGUGUCGCUGAGGACAAUGGAUCUCGUCAUGUCGUGCGGUGAGAAGCUCAGCUGCUUGUUCAUGGCUGCCUUGUGUAACGAACACGGAGUUCCAGCGCAGUACGUGGAUUUGUCUUCAGUUAUUCCCCACGAUUACGAAUGCCGGCAGGGCACCCUGGAUACCAGCUUCUACACAUUUUUAGUGAUGGCUUUCAAGGAGAAACUGCAACCUGUUCUUGAUCUACAUGCCAAAGGCGAGCCCGUCGUUCCUGUUAUUACUGGGUUCUUUGGUCUGGUCCCCAUGGGUCUUCUGAAUGGUGUUGGUCGUGGGUACACUGACCUUUGCGCAGCCUUGAUCGCUGUCGGCCUCAACGCCGACGAGCUUCAAGUUUGGAAAGAAGUCGAUGGUAUCUUCACAGCAGACCCUCGUAAGGUGCCACAGGCUAGACUCCUUGCCAGCGUUACUCCAGAAGAGGCCUCCGAGUUGACCUACUACGGUUCUGAGGUUAUCCACCCAUUCACCAUGGAGCAGGUUAUCAGAGCCAAGAUUCCAAUCAGAAUCAAGAACGUUCAGAACCCUAGAGGCGACGGCACUGUUAUUUAUCCUGACAAUGUCGCAAAGAAGGGUGAAUCUACUCCUCCUCACCCACCAGUCACAUUGAGCAACUCCUUCUUUGAGCAGAGGAGGCGUGGUGCUACAGCCAUCACCAGCAAAAGUGACAUAUACGUUGUCAGCAUUCAUUCCAAUAAAAAGACAUUGUCGCACGGCUUCUUGGCCCAAAUAUUUACCACACUGGACAAAUACAAGCUGGUUGUAGAUUUGAUUUCUACUUCCGAGGUUCAUGUUUCCAUGGCUUUGCCCGUGCCGGACAACGACUCGGCGAAAGCUCUGAAGAAGGCUGUCGAGGAGCUGAAAAAGCUCGGGUCAGUUGAACUCACUAAGAAACUUGUCAUUAUUUCGUUGGUCGGUAAGCAAAUGAAACAGUUUAUUGGUAUCGCCGGUACGAUGUUCACAACCCUGGCCGAGCAAGGCAUUAAUAUCGAGAUGAUUUCUCAGGGUGCUAACGAGAUCAACAUCUCCUGCGUGAUCGAUGAAGACAAUGCCAUUAAGGCUCUGCAGUCAAUUCACUCGAAACUUUUGGACCUGAACACAGAGGUUGAGCUUGGGAAAGCUGUGAACGAAAAACUCGAGCAGAUCAAGAGACUUGCGCUGUAA